AUGACCAGUAGGGAAGAGAGACGGGCGAGGAUCGAUGAGCUGUUCAAAGUUUACGAGGAAGAAAUCGAUGGUUUAACCGCCACCAAUGUGCGGCUGUCGAAAGAACUACGCGAUACGAAUGUAUGCUUGGCCGGCAAGGACAAACUCAUCAAUGCUUUAAAGAAUGAUAACAAAGCGCUCAAACUUCAGCUUGGAAAACGCACUCCUGUGAAACUCGGGAAGCAUAUGCUUGAAACAACUUCUGCUGAAAUGGAAAUCCUCCAAUCUACGAAUCAAAAGCUCAAGGAGCAAAUCAACGCGCUGCAAAGAAAACUAGAUCUUCAAGAAGCCUCCCUCAAAUUCAUAGAAAAAGAUUCAGCGACUACAAAUCCGGAUCACGAGCAAAGUUCCGAUUCUGGCUUCGCGGACAGGCACUACAACCAGUUGAACAACAACACGAAGCCGAAUUUGGAAGUUGAGGGAGUUCAAAAGGGAAACGCUGCUUUUGGCAAUCACAAUGGGACGCAAAAUUCAAUUGACUUCAUGAACAUUGGGCACCAAGAACUCAUGUGCAAGGAAAACUUCCACCUGACAACGGAAGACAUUAAUAUAAUUUACGAAGAAACGCUUCCAGCGCCCGAUAAUGUUGAAUUCUUCACUCCAAACAACAUGGUAACGCCAAAGAAGAAAACCGAUAGAAUCGAUGUCAACUUCAGCCCUGCUCGAUUACCGAAGAACAUCAGAACGCGCGCUGUUCAUUCUUCUCAACUUGGGUCCACCUCAUCAAGCGGAGGCCGCGUUUUCACCAUCACUCGUUCGGGCAUUUCCUCGCUUCACUCAAUGAACCCAGCAGAUCCAAACUCAAAGCUGCAGCCUUUCCGACGAACAUCACCAAUGAAACUUUCGCGCGCGCCAGAAACAGCAUCCGAGCAUCACCUUGAAUACGUCAACGCUUCCUCCAUCGCUUCUACUUCCAACUCGUCGAUCAUCUCAACUUCUAGGACAGUUCCCGCUUCUUCCAUCGCCUCAAACAACUUUCAGAGUCUUCCAACAGUCAAAUCCGACGCUGAUAGAGCAAUCACUGAACACUAUCCUUCUACCUCAAGUGGCUUAAAAACUGAACCGCUCAGCUCGCCACGAAAACAUUCGAUUAAUAUUCUAAGACGUCGCCGCAUAUCACAAAAGAGUACGUUGUCGAAGAAUAAACCGCAAAUCGUCAAAGGAUGCAGCAUAUUAGGCCCGUCACCAAGCAAGAGUCGAAGAAAACAGACUCUAUGA